UUUAUCGCUCGUAAAAUUUACCUAACUUCUGACUCAACUGUGAUUACGGAUAUUUCUUCAGAUUUUGGAAUUUUGAUCGAGAAUUUAAAACAUAUGAGUUAUGACCAGAGAAUAAAAGGUCACAUUUGAUGCAAACAUUAAAACCACGCGUAUUACGUAUUUUUAAAAAACCGGUCUGUCCAGUAAUCUUUAUUCUGUGAAUUCUAUUUAUGAACUUGUUUUGUAAAAUAAAAAAUAGUUUGUUUUCUAGUAUAAGCUCUCCCACCAUAAAUGCUACAUGAUCAUGUGACCAUACGAAAGCUAGAAAAAGAGUACAAGAUGACAUUUUCAUUCACACGCAUAUGCAUAUUAGAAUAAGAGUGAAGGUUGAGACAAAGUUUUAAAAUAUAAGAGUUUCAGUGUAUAUGAAACUUUCAUUAUAGUCGCAUGAGAAUUCGCAGAUACGUUCGUUAAGAUCAUUUUUAUGGUUUUAGAGCUACAUACCUCAGUGAAAAAUGUUUGUUACACUUUUCGUUUUUGCGCUUGUGACUGCGCAUGUUACUGCAACACUACCUUCCUAUAUUCGCCCGUGUGGCCGUAAAGAUCCGAACUAUGAUCAAUGCAUAAGAAACAGCGCUGAACUUCUGAAGGAUAAAAUCUGCACAGGAAUGCCGGAACUGAAUCUUCCACCGAACGAGCCAUUAAUUAUUGAUAAAAUAGUUGUUUACGACACUGCCAAUAUUAAGUUGCAUCUUAGUGAUGUGAAAGUAUAUGGAAUUUGUGAUUUUGUCAUAAAUUCCGUUCACGCAAAUCCUGACAAACUUCAUUAUGAUUUUAACGUCAAUGUUAAGGCUCUCCGCCUUGAUGCCAUGUAUGACUUUAACAUAAAUAUAUUGCUCACGCAGAUUGCUCACAAAGGAAUAUUGCACGUUACUUCAGACAACUUAGGUGUAAAACUAGGGGUGGAUUUCAAAUCGACAAUUAAGAACGGCAAAACAAGCGGGUAUACGUCGAAAGUAAAUUUGAAUCUCAACAUCAAAACAUUCAACUUCAAGUUUGAUGAGAAAGAAAAGGAACUAGUUAAUUUACAUAAAAUAUUUAGCAAUGUCAUAUCCGACAAUCAAGAAGAAAUGAUUAAAACUGUUAAACCGGCAUUGGAAGAGGAGCUCUCCAAACGAAUAAUUUCAAUUUUCAACCGCGUAUUCGAUCGUAUUAAUUUUGAAGAGCUAUUUCCUGAACGAGCAUAAAUUGUCUGGAAUUUUUUGAUCUAUUCAAUUUGCGUUUUGCUUGAUUUUCGUCAUAAGUUUUGUCAUGUUUGAAAAUGUUAACUGGAUAAUAAAAAAAAAUAUUAAUUAUUAAUUUAUCGUUAAAGCAACAGCACACAUUUGUAUGGAUUAACAAUUAUAUAUUCUAUAUAUAUUACUGAUAUGUACUUUUUGUAUCAUUUUAAAUACACUAUGUUUAUAUU